GCGGAGUGAGGGGAGUAUUGCGAUCGAGUUGGCCUAGCCUGCGCCGUAUAUCGCGUUCGCGACCGGCAGUUGUUUGUGCUCAUCUCUAAAACAAAAACAGGGAACUAUGAACUUAAUUGAAAUGUAAACGAUAAUAAUUAGAAUUUAUUGUUAGGAAAGUAGUGAUUAGUAUUUAGUUUUAGUUUUUAGCUCAUUAUAUUAAGUUCGUGCGUUGUCGAUCGCGAUACACGUGUUUGUGUUGGUACUUGUUUAUUUACUGUGUUUAAUGUUGAAUUGGCAAUAACACGUGCAUUUCGUUCAAGUGUUGUGUGUUCUGGUUUAUUUCCGUUGAUAUUAAGUUAUCGAAAGGUUUUUUUGUUUUGAAAGUGUCAAUUUGGAUUUCUCAUUUUAUCUUCGGACCUUGAGGUCAGAUUUGGAAACGAUGUUGAUCUUAGUGGCGAUCUCGGCAGAGAACAGUGUCAUGAACCCGUCACUUAUCUGGCACUGAUAAAUUCAAGUGCGGCACUCCAAACGACCAACUAUUAAAUAGGUAAAACAAUACUCAACAUUUCAAACAUUGCAGCCAGUUGAGAGUGUGUUUUCACGAUAAACACAUUGUCGGCUUCAACAAAAAAGUCCCAUCUAAAAAACCGACACACACACACACACACGUUCCUGGCCCGGAUCCAAAUUCCCGAGAAGAAUCAAAACAGUAACGGAUAAAUCGUCGUGAGCCGCGUUGCUUAGGCCGAUCGUAUGCGCGUCUGCUUCGGUACUCUCUGCUUCUCGUCCCGGCUGAACGCUGUCGACGAGGAAGCCCCCCAGGUGCUGGGCACCGACAGAUUCAGCGAUACGGGCAACCACCACAACCACGUGUCGAAGAUGGCCAAUCUCGAGGACCUACAGACCCAGCUGGCGCUCAAGGACGAGAAAAUCGAGGAACUGACUAAAAAAAUCGAGGAAAUCGAUCGGGAAUUACUUCGCGAGGCGAGGAUCCAGGAACUGCAAAGGUCCCUGCAACAGCGCGAUAUCGAAAUUCAAAAUUUGCGUUCUCAGUUGGAUAAGUUUCAAAGUGUUUUAGUUGUGUGUAACCCCGCCAGCCCUAAAGGGUUGACCAAUAAUGUGGGGCUGCGGCCCAGAAAGCAACGCGCCGGUAUUUCCGCGGAACCCCAAAGUGAGGCGUCUAUCUUGGAAUUAAGCCAGCAGACAUUCCCCACUAUCUACAAGAGCGAAAGGUUCUAGAAAACACAAACACGACAUAAACUCAACUGUCCGUUUAGUAGAAAACCGCUAUAAUAGUGCUUGGUAGUGGAGACAACCAGGACUCAGAUGGAAGUUUGUACUUUA